CGAAGCCACAGUGAUAAUUAGAUUCCAAUAGCAUCCAUUUUCAUCUUUUCAAACUUUCGUACGCGGAAUCUGCACAACUUGCAAGUUGUAAAGCCCUCCCCCGUGUUACUGCCAGCAGUAAUGUGUCUUGUCACUUGUCAGAGUGUCACGGUGCAAUUACAACAGCAGGUUAUGUGUGUAUGUACAUCGUACACAUACGCCACUCUGGUGCAAAAUUUAGUGUUCCGAAUCUCCGUGGCGGAAUGUCAGUGACUAAGCUGCUGCUGCUGCAGAUCCAAGUGUCAAAGCGAACCGCUCGUUGAUAGAUCGGAAAAACAAAGCAAGCUUUCCGAACUCGAGGCUCCGAUUCCGACGCGCGUCGUUUACUUUUUUUUUUUUUCUGGUACACGCGAUUAUCGUCCACAGAAGUACGAGAAUGGCCGGGAUCGAGGAUCAGGAGAAGCUGCUCGAGGACGCGAUCGGCGUCGUCAAGGUCCAGGCGCUGCAGAUGAAGCACUGCCUCGACAAGUCCAAGCUCAUGGACGCGCUGAAGCACGCCUCGACGAUGCUGGGCGAGCUCAGGACGUCGCUGCUCAGCCCCAAGAGCUACUACGAGCUCUACAUGGCCAUCACGGACGAGCUGCGCCACCUCGAGAUCUACCUGCUGGACGAGUUUCAGAAGGGCCGCAAGGUCACGGAUCUGUACGAGCUCGUGCAGUACGCCGGCAACAUCGUGCCGAGGCUCUAUCUGCUCAUCACCGUGGGCAUCGUCUACAUCAAGACGAAUCCGUGCCUGAAGCGCGACCUGCUGCGCGACCUCGUCGAGAUGUGCCGCGGCGUGCAGCAUCCGCUCAGGGGCCUCUUCCUCAGGAACUACCUGCUGCAGUGCACGAGGAACAUACUGCCCGACAAUCCGGACGACAGCGGCACCGACGAGGGCACCGUCCGCGACAGCGUCGAGUUCAUCCUGAUGAAUUUCGCGGAGAUGAACAAGCUCUGGGUGAGGAUGCAGCACCAGGGACACAGCCGAGAGCGCGAGAGACGAGAGAGAGAGAGGGAGGAGCUGAGGAUCCUGGUUGGGACGAAUUUAGUAAGGCUUAGUCAGCUAGAGUCCGUUACGUUGGAUAAAUAUACAAAGCUAGUGCUGCCCGGUAUUUUGGAGCAAGUUGUCAGUUGUAGAGACGCUAUCGCCCAAGAGUAUCUCAUGGAGUGUAUCAUUCAAGUAUUCCCCGAUGAAUUCCACUUGCAAACUUUGAAUGCUUUUUUAAAAUCUUGCGCCGAGCUUCAGAACGGAGUCAAUAUAAAGAAUAUUAUAAUAUCUCUCAUCGACAGGCUUGCUGCUUUUAGCCAAAGAUCAGAUGGAGUUGGUGGACCCGGGAGCCCUAACCAGUUGUCGGGUAUUCCACAGGACAUACAGCUAUUCGAUGUGUUCAGUGACCAGGUAUCCACUAUCGUUCAAACCAGACAAGACAUGCCGUUGGAAGACAUUAUAUCUCUUCAAGUGGCUCUAACAAACUUGGCUCAUAAGUGUUAUCCGGACAGAGUUGAUUACGUUGAUAAAGUAUUACUGAAUACUCAUCAAAUUUUCCAGAAAAUCAACACAGAAACUUUAGAGUACAACAGCGCAGUGUCCAGAGAACUGUCUAGGCUACUAAAAAUUCCAAUUGAUAACUAUAAAAAUAUGCUAACUGUAUUGAAAUUGAAAAACUACAGGCCUCUACUGGGUUACUUUGAUUACGAAGGUAGAAAAUUAUUGGCCACCUACAUAGUCACAAAUAUCUUAGAAAAUGAAACUCUGAUACCGUCCCCCGAUCAGGUGGAUGCUAUUUUACUAAUGAUAGCUCCACUCAUACAAGACCAACAGGAUCAUACGGCUGAAGAUGAUCCUGAAGAAUUCGCAGAAGAGCAAGGCCUGCUGGGUAGACUGAUUCACUACUUCAAGUCAGAAGUGGCAGAUGAGCAGUACAUGAUUCUCAGCACAGCGAGAAAGCACUUUGUCACGGGUGGCAGCAAAAGGGUCAGAUACACUCUUCCUCCGAUUGUUUUUCAGGCCUACCAGCUGGCUUUCACUUACAAAAACUUGCAAAAGGAGGACGACAUGUGGCAGAAGAAGUGCCAGAAGAUCUUCCAGUUCUGCCACUCGACCAUCACCGCCCUGCUGAAGGUGGAACUCGCCGAGCUGCCUCUGCGACUGUUCCUCCAGGGCGCCCUGGCCAUCGGCGAGAUAAGAUUCGACAAUUUCGAGAUGGUCGCGUACGAGUUCAUCAGCCAGGCGUUCUCCAUCUACGAGGACGAGAUCAGCGACUCGAAGGCGCAGUUCGCCGCCAUCACCCUGAUCAUCGCCACGUUCGAGCAGAUGAACUGCUUCGGCGAGGAGAACGCCGAGCCGGUGCGCAACCAGUGCGCCCUGUACGCGAGCAAGCUGCUGCGCAAGCCCGACCAGUGCCGGGGCGUCGCCACCUGCUCGCACAUCUUCUGGUCGGGCAAGUCGCUCAGCACCGACGGCAAGGAGAUGCAGGACAAGAACAAGGUCCUCGACUGCCUCAAGAAGGGCAUACGCAUCGCCAAUCAGUGCAUGGACAUCUCGGUGCAGGUGCAGCUCUACAUCGAGCUGCUCAAUCACUACAUCUACUUCUACGAGAAGGGCAACACGGCCGUCACCGUGCAGAUACUCAAUCAGGUCAUAUCCAAGAUCAAGGACGAGCUGCCGAAUCUCGAGAUCAGCGAGGAGACCGAGCAGAUACAGAAGCACUUCGCCAACACCCUGGACCACCUGAAGAAUCGCAUCGAGUCGCCCGAGGCCGAGACUCAGUCUUACGAGGGACUAGUUUUAUAAGUCAGCGCAACAAUUGAACAAAAAAAAAAAGAAAACAAACAAACAAAAAAAAUCUAUUUAUUACUGUUAAGACGCUUGUUUUAUUCGAAGAAUUUAUAUGUAUUAUACGAUAAUAUUAAAUGAAGUAUUAAUUUUUAAAAUAUUUAAAACUUUUUACGAUCUUACCCGUGUGGAUGUAAUAUUCGAGUCUUGUAAAUAUUUUUAAUGUGCUUAAUGAAUUUCAAA